UCCUACUUUCCUUCCGCCUACCGUCGUGUGAAAGGGAAGCGGCCAAUGGAAAUAGGAGUCCAGAGGGGCGUACGCAACGCCGAAGGUCCCCGGUCGCCUCAAGGGCAUUCUCCCGUGUUGCGCGUCGGGCCAGCUCAGUCUCUCUGAAGAAGCUCUCCGGAGUCGCCGCUUGUGAGAGGCGGCAGAAGAAAGCCCCUCAGAGAUCAAUGGGACACUUUCUAGGCUGAAAUGCUAUGCCUAGUUCUUACUCUUAUUUAUAUGGAAGCCAUCAGUAUUCACAGAGAGGUUUGGCUUGGUCUUUGCUUAAAAAUUGGAGCGCUGUUUGGGGAAGGAUCCAUAUGACAUCACCCUCUAAUCGUUCAUGUUUUUGGUGUCCUCAGGACUCUUUGUCAAAAGAUUUGAUUCAUUACAAACUUUUCUGAAAGAAUGCAGUCCAGUGUUCCUUGACUGUUUAAAAUGGCCUUGCGGAAUGUCAACAAGCAUUUGUGGAAUUCCAGUGGACAAGACGUGAACCCUGAUCUUGACAUUGAAAGGAAAACUGCCUCCUUCAGUGUAGAGAGGCUUACCAACAUCCUGGAUGGAGGUGCUGAAAACACCCAGAUCCGGCGGGCAGUAGAUGCAGUGCUCCAGAAUGACCCCGAAUUUAACAGAGAAAACCAGUACUUCCAGAGCCAAAAUGAGAGAUACGAAGGUGCUGUCAGGCGAUCUUUUUACCUGUCCAAGAAAAUCGAAGAAAUGGGAUGGGUUGAAGAUGGACUCGAACAGAAAUAUUGCUUUAGGGCACUUGGUGAUGAUUUGGCGUUUGGUGUGCACAAAGUCUUUAUAAAGAGCAUUCUGGGGCUGGGCACAGAUGAGCAAAUCUCCAAGUGGAUCCCCUUGGCAAAAAAGUAUCACAUAGCAGGGACAUAUGCCCAGACUGAAUUGGGACAUGGAACAUACCUUCGGGGUUUGGAGACCAUGGCCACUUUUGAUGUCACCACUCAGGAGUUCAUCCUCAACACCCCAAAGAUCUCUGCCAUGAAGUGGUGGCCAGGAGACUUGGGGAGAUCAGCGACUCAUGCAGUGGUUUUUGCACAGCUUUACCUCAAAGGAAAGUGUUAUGGGAUGCAUCCCUUCAUGGUGCAGAUCCGCAGCCUCCGAGAUCACUCGCCAGCUCCAGGAGUAACCGUAGGGGACAUCGGUCCCAAAAUGAACUUUGAGCAUAUUGACAACGGCUACCUCUUGUUGAAGAAUGUUCGGAUUCCAAAGGAAAACAUGCUGGCCCGGUUCUCUCAGGUUCUGUCCGAUGGCCAGUACAUCAAACGAGGAUCUGAAAAGAUUAACUACUUGACUAUGGUUGUGGUCCGUGUGGCCAUUAUUCGUGAUGAAGUUGUAAACACUCUGAUGAAGGCUUGCACUAUCGCUGUCCGAUAUUCCGUGGUGCGCCGGCAGUCAGAAUUAAAGCCUGGGGACCCAGAGCCCAAGAUUCUGGACUAUCAGACCCAGCAACAGAAGCUGCUGCCUCAGCUGGCCACAGCCUAUGCCUUCCACUUUGUGUGUGACUACUUGCAGGAAAUCUUCAACAGAGGCUAUGCAGAAACUAAAGAAGGAAAAUUUGAUUUACUACCAGAGCUUCAUGCACUCGCUUCUGGCAUUAAAGUGAUAACCACAGACUACAGCUCAGCAGGUGUGGAGGUGUGUCGGAGAGCCUGCGGGGGACACGGGUAUUCUCUCCUCAGUGGCCUGCCUUCAUUGUACACUAAACUGGUUGCAUCAUGCACUUAUGAAGGGGAAAACACCGUUCUCCUCCUGCAGACAGCCAGAUUUUUGGUUAAAUGCCUUGGGAUAGCAAAGAGUGGACAACCCAUUCCUUCAUCAGCUGCCUACUUGUCUUCCACGGUCUCUGAGAAGUGCCAAGCCCAGGAAAAAAGAGAUUUCUUCAAUCCAGAUGUUUACACUGAAGCAUAUAAGCAGAGAGCCUUCAGGAAAGUGGGAAAUGCGGCAAUCAAACUUCAGACUCUGAUUCAGUCGGGAACGGCACAGCAUGAAGCAUGGAACUUGUGCUCUGUACAACUGGCGCAGGCUGCUAUGGCUCACAGCCACUACAUUGUAGUGCAAAACUUUGUCAAAGCGCUAGAGAAAUUUGAGAAAGAAUUUCACAUCCAGAGGAUCCUUAAGCAUCUCUGUGACCUCUUUGCAUUACAUGGGAUCUUCUCCAAUAUGGGUGACUUCCUACAGGCCGGUCACCUGUCUGGGAAGCAAAGCGACAUGGUGACCGAAUCUUACCUGGGUCUCCUGGCUGUCAUUCGGCCGGAUGCUGUUCCACUAGUGGAUGCUUUUGACUACUCUGAUGCAAAUUUAAAUUCAGCCAUUGGAAGUUACGACGGUCGCGCCUAUGAGCGGCUUUUUGAGUGGGCGAAGAAGUCUCCAACCAACCACCAGGACAACAAGGCCUUCGAGAAGUACUUGAAGCCGCUUUUCCAGAAUGCCUUGUCAAAGCUAUAAAAGACGGGGACGAAGCCAAGGAAGCUCCAUUUGCUGCUGCCCUCAAAAUAACACCAGCACUUACCCAAAUACUACAAAGAUGGCAUAAGAGCUGCCGUCUUCUGCUUGCCAGAAGAGCUCAUCAAAAUGACUGUCUUCAUCUCUUGCCUGUCAAGUCAAUCAGCUUAUGCCCAUGAGAAGGGACAGGGUUCUUUAUGUUUAAGUAGACCAAAUUUUAUCUUAACCAUUCUCAAAGAAACUGGUAGUACACAGGUAGCAGCUUGCAGUUGUUGCUGAAGAAUCCCUAGACUGGUCUUAGGACCAAGGGAAUGGUUGCACAUGAACGCACAUGACGCUGCCUUAUACAAAGUCAGAUCAGUGAUUGGUCAAGGUCAGUAUUGUCUUCUCUGACCGGCAGCUGCUCUCCAGUAUCUCACACCGAGAUCUUUCACAACACCUGCUGCCAGAUUCUUUUAACUGUGGAUCAGAUGUUCUGUCUCUGUUCCAUGACCCCUCCAAUACAGUCUCCUGUUGUAAAUUUAUGAUGGCACAACCACCACUUGAGAGAGGAUCCACUGUAGCUAUACCACGACAAUGCUCUAAUUGCAAACCUCUCUGAUAGGCAUACAGUUCUCCCCCCACCCCUCGCCCACCCGAGACUGUCUAUCAGAUUGGAGGAUAUGACCUCCGAGGUAUUUUCACACUUUAACACUCUAUGACCUGCAUCACCAGCAAAUAAAUUGUUCUCCAGCUGGUAUAAGGAAGUGAAGCAGGGAAAGAAAUACUGUUCAAUGGUACAGCGCAAUGUGGAAAGUCCCAGAUCUAGUUCUUGGCAGUUCUUCUCCCAGGCUGACUCUAUAGUGUAGCCUAAGCUCCUUGGAAUAAUAGGCUAAAAACAAUGCAAUCCUAAGAAGAGUUACUCCAGUCUAAGCCCACUGAUUUCAGUGGGCUUAGACUGGAGUAACUCUUCUUAGGAUUGCACUGUAAAACUCUCAGGUGAGCAAGCUCAAAAAGUCCAAAACAUAAAUCUCAAAAGGGCUGCUUCUGGUAAUAGUAAUAAUCUGGUAUUGGGAUGGGUGCUGGUGGAGCCAGACACCACUGCAGCUUGGCUGAGGCAAUCAAAUAACUUUUUUAGCCAAGGCAAGUCAAACCAGGGCCUUUGUUUUUCUCACACUCAGCUGCUCCAGUGCUACAAGGCAGCUCAUUGUAGCUUUAAAAAUAAAAUAUAGCUAUGUACAACUAAA